AGCAACACGCAAUCGCAUUGCAACCGCAGGAACAUCUGAAUAUGCUGCAGGUUUUCCCUCGCUUUCCAACUCCUUACCGGGUAUGGGAUUAACUUCUACCAUAAGUCGUAGUGCUAUGGAGGAGAAUAAUUUUUUCGCAAUCGAUGCACGCACCGGCCACCUAACAUUGUCACGACACCUUGACUAUGAAACAGCACUGCGGCAUGCAUUGAUUGUGACAGCUACGGAUAGCGGUAAACCGCCCUUAUCGGCGAACCUCACCAUACUCGUGGAGGUUCAGGAUGUUAACGAUAAUCCACCGAUGUUUGAACGCAGGGAAUAUUCAGUGAAGGUGUUGGAGUCAUUGCCUAUUAAUUCUCAGAUCCUGAAAGUGACAGCCAUCGAUCUGGACACCGGUAACAAUGCACGCAUCACCUAUAGUUUGGUUAACAGUGUAAACACCACUUUAAGUUUCACCUCAGCUCGUAAACUACCAACACCAACCUUACUGCAUCUCAGUGGCGGUGGCUUUACUACUUCCAAACAAAGUAUUUCUGCCGAGGAAGCGCAAGUGGCAAACCUCUUUGGCAUUUUUCCCAACAGCGGUUGGUUGUAUCUGCGUGGCACAUUGGACCGAGAAUCGCGCGAUCGUUAUGAGCUCAUUAUUAUGGCAAGCGAUAAUGGUACACCAGCUGCGCAUGCACGAGCACGUGUCACUGUUGAAGUGUUAGACACUAAUGACAAUGACCCGCGCUUCUUGAGCAGCGCAUACGAAUUCUCCAUCGAAGAAAAUAUGCACCGCGGUGCCCUGGUGGGCGUGGUAGCUGCCACCGACUUAGACUUGUAUGAGAAUGCUGAGAUUCUCUAUACGUUGAUACCAUCUAACACGAGCUUCCAAGUAAAUCCCAAUACAGGUGAGAUCACCACCCGUGAAUCGAUCGAUCGCGAGCUACGCGCCGUUUACGAUCUAGUGGCGGAGGCUCGCGAUCAAGGUACCCCCUACCGCAGUGUGCGUGUACCCGUCAAGGUGCACAUAGCCGAUGUCAACGACAAUGCGCCGGUCAUUGUUGAUCCACAAGAGGAUGUGGUCAGUGUACGCGAAGAUCAGCCGCCUAGCAGUGAAGUGGUACGUAUUCGUGCCGUCGAUCGCGACAACGGGCAGAAUGCUUCGAUCACCUACUCGAUACUGAGAGGCCGUGAUUCAGACGGUUACGGGAUGUUCAGCAUUGAUGCGGCUACGGGUGUAAUUCACACACGAGUCGUUCUAGAUCAUGAGGAUCGAAGUAUUUAUCGUUUGGCGGUGGCAGCCACGGACGGUGGCAAUCCACCUAAGAAGUCGAUACGUUUGUUGCGCGUUGAGGUGUUGGAUUUAAAUGACAAUCGUCCAACGUUCACUAGCUCCAGUUUGGUGUUUCGGGUUCCCGAAGAUGUUCCCGUUGGCUAUGUAGUCGGCUCGGUAAGCCCCAAUGAACGCAUCGACCAGCAAAAUAUAAUCGACAGCAAUAGUGAUCUCUUUAUCACAUACACCCUCGCAUCACAGGGAAAGGACAUAAUCGAAGGUGCAUUCGACAUUGACCGCCAUACGGGUUCGCUGGUGGUCGCACGUAAACUAGAUCGCGAAACCCAGUCCGAGUUUCGUUUAGAGAUACGAGCCUUGGACACAAGCGCUAGCAACAACCCCCAAAGCAGCGCAAUCACGGUAAAGGUGGAGAUCGCCGACGUAAACGAUAAUCCGCCCAGAUGGUUAAAUGAUCCCAUUCACCUGCAAGUUAGCGAAUCUACCGUUAUUGGCGCUAUAAUCUACAACUUUAGUGCUACAGAUACGGACUCGGGUAGCAAUAGCUACCUUCAAUAUAAGCUCUUAAGUUACACGCCCCUCAACAACGACAGCAGCGAAUCCUUCAGCGAACAAACAUCGGCAGAACUCAAAGAUGCAGAACCACUAUUCUGUAUUGAUGCGCUAACUGGUGCACUAGCACUGCUUGCCCCACUCGAUUAUGAGGAGGUACGGAGCUACAUACUCAUCGUUGAGGCCAUGGAUCAGCCGUCUAAUGUGAGUUCGCGCCUGCGUACCACAGUUACAGCCGUUUUACAGGUGACGGAUGUUAAUGACAAUGCGCCACAGUUUGUGUUUCCUGUUACUAUCAGCACACCAGCAGAGCAUCGAUUCCACAUGCCACCCGUCGCCACAAUACGAAUCAGUGAUGCACUGCGCAUUGGCGAAACAGUUGCUCAUAUCGUGGCUGUGGAUCGAGAUGCGGGCGCGAAUGGAGAAAUCACCUAUGCAAUUGUCAGUGGUAACGAGGCGGGAUACUUUCAGAUGAAUUCAAGGGCGGGUUAUAUUGAGUUAACGAAAUUAAUACCACCGGUUAUGCUGGGUAGCUCUGGCGAAAAACCGGUGACUUCUAGUGUUCAGAGGAACAGUUAUAAUUUGGUAAUAAGCGCCAGUGAUAAUGGCAAACCAACGGCUCGUCAAUCGCUGUUGAAGCUACAUAUUUUAGUGCAAGGAACUAGCAGGAAUCCACCACGUUUCCAUCAAUCAGUGUACUACGCGAACAUAACCGAGAACACAGCCAAAGGUACAUUUGUGCUGCAAGUGACAGCGAAAUCUUUCAACGACAAUGGUGGAAAUGUCGGCAAUAAAUUCAGCAUCGAUAUGCAUACGGGCGAAUUGACUGCACGCCAUCUCGAUCGUGAGCAGUAUUCACAUUAUCUGCUUCAGAUCCAGGCUCAAGAUCGUGGCUCGCCCAAAAAUUUCCAAGGUCACUGUAACAUAACAGUUCACGUUGAAGAUGAGAACGACAACGAUCCUAGCUUCGAACAGGCAAAGUAUAUGGCCAGCAUACCCGAGAAUACACUGGUCGGUACAAGUGUGUUGCACAUAAAAGCGACAGACGCUGAUUUGGGUAUCAAUGCGCGUCUGGUGUAUUCGUUGGCCAAUGAAACACAAUCGAUGUUCACGAUUGACAGCAAAUCCGGCAUCGUCACUACAGUGAGGCCCUUGGACCGAGAGCGUCAGUAUGUAUACAAUUUCAUGGUGGUCGCAACUGAUGGAGGUCGUUACAGUACACGUUCUGCAAGUGUGCCCGUGCAAAUAGUCGUCGAUGACGUGAAUGACAACCGGCCCAUCUUCGAGCGUUACCCUUUCAGAGCACAAGUACCUGCACUCGUUCAGCCUGGCCAAAUGCUCCUACAAGUCGGUGCUACCGACGUCGAUACCGGCAUGAACGCUGAAGUUCUUUAUUCACUGGGCAACAAUGCUGACGCAGCGACACGCAAUAAAUUCCGAAUUAACCCCAACACUGGCGUGGUGAGCGCUACACAGAGCCUGGCUAGUGAAUCAGGUCGGCUGCUGCACAUUGAGGUGGUGGCACGGGACAAAGGCAAUCCGCCGCGCGUUACCCUCGGCCUCAUAGAAUUGCGCGUAGGUGAAAAGGCAGUCGGCACACCGGUGCUACGUUUCCAAAACGACACUUAUCGACUAAAGUUGCGUGAAAAUAUGGCAGUGGGCAUGAGUGUGCUGCAGGUUUCAGCAGUGCGGACCGAUGGCCGACGGCAGCAGAUCCACUAUUCCAUUGGCACUGGGAAUGAGGAUGGUGUGUUCACAAUAAACUCUACCACUGGUGAGAUAAAAGUCGGUAAUGCAGCCCACUUGGACUAUGAACGCUAUAUAGGUAUCGCAUUGGAAGCUACGAGAGUAAGUGGCAGCUAUACAUAUCGUGGGCGUGCCAUGUUAUAUGAAGGUGAAGAAGAGUUGGGUGCCACCGGUGUAACCAGUUCCGUAGAGGAACUGUCUGAUAAUCAGCGAUCACCUCGUAACCAGCGCGAAUUACAGACGUCUGCCGCCAAAGAAAAUAAACAAUUUUCUUCCUCCGCCACUCAUCCGCAUGAAUUGCGUUUGGUUCUCGUCGCGCGCACCAGUGCCACACCCGUGCUCUACGGCUAUGCAGAGUUGAUCAUCGAGUUGGAAGAUGAUAAUGACAAUAGUCCACACUUCACGCAAUCACAAUACUCUACAACGGUAUGGGAGGGCAACAAUAAGGGCACAUUCGUGGUGCAGGUGCAGGCAUUCGAUGCGGAUGAGGGCGCGAAUGCACGCAUUCUCUAUCAUAUUGUCGAUGGCAAUCACGAUAAUGCAUUCAUCAUAGAGCCCGCAUUCAGCGGCAUAGUGAAGACGAACAUUGUGUUGGAUCGCGAGAUCCGUGACAUGUAUAAGCUAAAGGUGAUCGCAACUGAUGAGGGAGUGCCACAAAUGACGGGAACGGCGCUGAUACGUGUACACAUAGUGGAUGUGAACGACAAUCAGCCGACCUUUCCUCCGCACAGUGUGAUUAGUGUUAGUGAAGGUACUGAAUUGGGUACAGUUAUCACCACAGUUUCAGCAAAUGACGUAGACACUUACCCAUCCCUCACAUAUUACUUCGGUGCCGAUUUAUCCGACACCCAACAACUCCUACACAAGUCUCUUUUUGCACUAGAUCGCUACAGCGGAAAGCUCACACUCAAGCGGUAUCUCGACUAUGAGGGUCAGCAGGAAUACCAACUGGAGAUAAUUGCUUCGGACAAGGCCCAUGAAGUACGCACCAUAUUGACAGUUCGCGUAAGCGACGAGAAUGAUAAUGCACCAAUUUUUGAGGCCCAGCUGCCGCCAGCUUAUGCAACAACUCUGCCCGACGAGCAAGUAAUCAGCACAUACGCAGCCUCUGAAAGCAUCGAACUGAUUACUGUCAAUGCCACAGAUGCCGAUGCAGAAGGCCACAACUCCGAGAUACAUUAUAGCAUUGAACCACUAUUGCGUGGUUUUAGCAUCAAUGAACGGACAGGAGCAGUGUUUGUGAAUAUGACACGCCUCGGCAGUGUUACCACCGACUUUUAUGUGACUAUCACCGCGCAAGAUGGUGGCUUACUGCCCUUAAAAACCGCUACGGUUUUGCGUGUAUGCAACAGCAAGAGUAAUAAUGGACAUGUCCAAUUUUUACAGACACAAUAUCGUGCCCAAAUCAACGAAGCUGCGCCAAUCGGCACUGUCGUCCUACACCUCGGUCAAGAAAUACUCAAUGCGCAUGCAGAGCGCGCUGCAGGUACGCUAGUAUUUAAAAUAAUUUCUGGAAAUGAGGAUGCAGAUUUUGAAGUUUACCAGUCGAGCGCUAUAGUACUGGUUAAGUCGCUUGACCGCGAACGCAAUGAUCUAUACAAACUACGAUUGGUGGUGAGUGAUACAAACGCUUCAUCACAACCAUAUCUGGCACAAGCAGCGGACAACUCAAGUUUCGCAAUCAAUGUAUUUGUUACUGUAGAGGACGCCAACGACAAUGCACCGAAGUUCGCCAUUAAUGGCAAAUACCAGGCUGAGGUUAGCGAACUUGCUCCACUUCGCCACUCCAUAGCAAAGCUAUUGGCCACCGAUGCUGAUUUAGAGAAUACGCCUUACUCCGAAGUAGUGUACGAUAUAACAUCAGGUAACGAUGAGGCUAUGUUCACCAUCGACCUCGUGUCAGGUGUGUUGUUCGUGAACAACAAAUUAGAUUUCGACACAGGGGCAAUGUGCUACGCGUUAAUGAUACGCGCCUGUGACAGUGCGCCGGAACCACUCUGCAGCAUACAGUCAUUUCGUUUGUGUUUGUGCGAUGAAAAUGAUAACGUGCCGCAUUUUCCAGUCACGGAAUAUAUUGAGUUUGUAGGCGAAAAUGAACCAGUAGGCAUCAGCGUAUUCAAAGCCCGUGCAACCGAUUUGGAUCGCGGCAGAUACGGUCGUCUGAACUACACCAUCGAUCAGGAGGCUGUAGGACUGGAUGAUCCUUCAUGGAAGAUGUUUCGCGUCGACCAACAGACGGGUAUUGUCACUUCCAACGCCGUAUUUGACUAUGAAGAACGACACCGCUACGAUUUUGUGUUGCGCGCUACAGAUAGCGGUGGCAACACAGUGGGCGUUAAGGUUCGGAUUGAAAUUGAAUCAAAAGACGAGUACGCGCCACAGUUCACGGAGCGCACUUAUCGCUUUGUGAUGCCAUCGCCGUCAGCUAGCGACUUGCAGCUGGGCUAUGUUGUGGGCCAGGUGUCUGCAACGGAUCGUGAUAGGGGACCUGACGGACGUAUUGUAUAUCAAUUAAGCUCUCAGCAUGCUUACUUCAAGGUGAACCGUACAACCGGCGCGGUGGUUACCAAAAAGAAACUCGAUGACAAUUUUGAUGAUAGGCGUGAUAUCAGCCUAGUCAUUGCCGCUGGCUCAGGGAGACAAGGUUCACUAACUAACAUGACAGUUGUAGAGAUCUCUUUAGAUCCUUUAGGCGAUCCGGCGAAAAAUUUAGCGAGCAAUGGUGCUGCAGUUGGAGGUGGCAGUGGAGUAGCAGAUUGGUUAGUGGGACUAAUCGUAGCCAUUUUACUAAUGCUUUGCGCCUCAGCCGGAAUUUUUCUGUUUGUCCGUAUGCGCAGUCGCAAGCCAUGCAAUGGGAAUAAGCCUCAUCUUAGCACUGAAACUGCUGGCGUUUCAAACAGCUACGACGAUCCUAGCGCCUUCAAUACGAUUCCAAUAUUAAGUGCAGUUAAUGCUGGUUUGGCGGGUAGCAGCGGUAGCAGUGGAGUAGUCGCGCCUUCGAUGGGGCAAUUUGCGCCACCCAAAUAUGAUGAAAUACCACCUUAUGGCGCUCAUGCGACGAGUUCCAAUUCAGGGGCUGCAACGACAUCUGAGCUUUCUGGCUCAGAACAUUCGGGCUCUAGUGGGCGUGGUUCUGCGGAAGACGAUGGUGAAGAUGAAGAAAUACGUAUGAUCAAUGAAGGGCCGUUACAUCAUCGCAAUGGCGCGACUGGCGGCAAUGGAGAAGAUGGACGUAUAUCCAAUACCUCUGUGCAGAAUACACAAGAAUACUUGGCACGCUUGGGCAUUGUUGAUCGCGAGGCUACUGGUGCUGCUUCGAACUCUUCCCGCCGCUGUGCGGAUGGUAUACUUAGCUCGCAAAACGACGGUCAUCUGCAUCAUCCGCUGCAGAUGCACAUGUACGACGAAGAUCCUGCCGCCCAAUCAGAUAUCACCAACCUUAUCUAUGCUAAAUUAAACGAUGUUGCAGGUGCGGCAUCAGAUCGUGUAAGCAACACAGAUGAAGCCGCAACCGCAGCCGGUAGCAUGGCCUCUACCGUGGAUCAAGUAAUAAACUUUGGAAAUGUAUCCGUCGGUCAUGUACCUGCAAAUGUUGGUCCCCCCAUGAAUGGUUCAUUGAGCUCCAUAGUGCACAGCGAAGAAGAGCUUACCGGCAGCUAUAACUGGGAUUACCUGCUCGAUUGGGGACCGCAAUAUCAACCGCUGGCGCAUGUCUUCUCUGAGAUAGCUCGCCUCAAAGAUGACAACAUGUCUGUGCAUAGCGGCAAUAGCGGUGCUUCCUCGAGCGCCAAGAGUAAACAGUCCCAAGCGCAGUCAAUAGGCACCGUGAAGACACACAUUUCACCACCACUACUAACAAACGUGGCGCCACGUGCAAUCAACAUGGCAGUAUUAUCCGGUGCUGGCGUGGGUGUGCGGCUGCCGCAAACUCCCCAACACCAUAUUACAACCACAGCGCUAAGCGGGUCGACGACGCGCGGCCAAGUUAACGCUAGCGGCCAAUAUAUGGCACCGCGCUCGCCCAUCAGUCACGAUACACCCGGAGGAUUCAGCACUUCGACCGCGAUGUCGCCAUCCUUCUCCCCGUCACUUUCACCUUUAGCCACUCGCUCACCAUCCAUAUCACCGCUCGGAGGUGUGACUGGACAUCACUUAGUAUCGCUGCCGAGGCAUGCGCCCCAACCAACGCAACGAGGUAAAACAACGUUGCUGGUGGAGCAAGAAAUGCGCGUGAGAAUGUGAUGAAAAUAGACAAAAGUGCUGAAAAGGGCACGUAGUAGUUAUUAGGUAGAAUGAAAGAUUAAGACAACCAACAAAGUGAUCAUUAGUUUUGUAAGCUGGUUUUAAAUCAGCUAAUUUUACAUUCAUAUGUGUAUCUAUACCACAAAAUCUAUAUUCGGAAAUAUAUAGGUACGAACGUAAUCGUAGAAAUAAGGAAAUUUUAAGAAUCAUUUAGAUUAAGGAGUACUUUGGAGCUUGGUGAGUUACCGGUUCAAUAAGAUAGGCUGAAGCCUAGUGACAUUUAGAACUGAUCUAAACUCACCACUAUCGGCUGUGGUAUUAUCAUUUUAGCCCAAACCAAAGCCAAAACUUACAACAGCUUAGCCUUAGAAAUUCGUUAGGAAUUAUUAAUAUGUAUUUUAUUAAUAUUAUUAAUAUGUAAAAAUGUCAGCUGUAUCGAUUAAUAAUAUCUACUGGUUUACAGCAAAAACGUUCAAUGGAUUCCACUGUCCAAUUCCUCUAUAAAAUUGCUCGCUGAUUUCGAAAAUCUAUUUAAUUUUUUAUUCUAUGGAUAAGUUUUCGAGAUACUUUCAAUUUACCG